UGAGAAUGAUUAAAAUCAAGGCAAGUUGAAAAAUGUCAUAAUGUCCCAGCAAGACUCAGAUGAGAAUUUUUACAGUGCGGAGGACGCAUACUACGAAGACUCCAUCUCAUCCAUCAUAUCCGACUCUGAGUUGUCGCAAAAUGAAACCAGACAAUCAUACCAGGAGGUCAUAAUACCGAACACGAUUAACCUUUCCAACAAUGUUUAUGAUGGUACGGCAAACUCUGUAAACACCCUAAAUAGCUCUUCACAUACGCAACCAGUUGAUGAUUCCGGUACAGCCUCUGCGCAAAUUGGCACAUUUUUCGGGCGUCACGAAGAAAGUACAGCCUCAGUCAACGCUCCAGGUACUGCAACUUCUUCUCUGGCGAACAGCACAAGCUAUUCAUUCCAUUCACCCUCAAGCAGUGUUGGUAGUCCAAGUGUUGUGAGAAGUUCGAACAAUGAAUCAGAAGAAGUUCAGUUCCCUUAUGAGAUAUCCAGAGCAUCUCGUCAUUCUGAGGCCAGUACAGUUUCUGUUUCACAAGUCGCAGAAGACGAGCAGCAAGAAGUGAUGGUAAUGGACCAAUCAGAAGAAGACGAUGAAGAUAUUCUGGACUACAACGAAGACAACGAGGAGGUGGAUUCCAACACUGAAGAUGAGGAUGAGGGAGAAGAGGCCGAGAAUGCGGAAGGGGGUCCAAAUGGAGUCGGAAUCAUGGCUACGAAUCUGGCUGAACUGGCUGUGCUCACGGGAACUGGUGCUAACAUACAUCCUGGCGAGAGGGUGCGACAAAUUGAUGAUGCAAAUGUCCCUGGUCUAUCUUCAGACCAGAUCCAAAGCAUGAAUUUUGACCUGAGUUUGCCGGAUAGGCACCAGUACUUAGGCGAUGAUAUGGAAGUAUUAGCUGGGAGAACAGUGCACGAGGAAAAGGAUGUUUUGGUCCUCCCUUUCAUGCGCCAGGUUGCCCAUGUUUUGCUUCCUAAACAGUCGAUGCCGAUGUACUUCAAUCGCCAGACAGACGUGGCGCUUCUGCGUCGUGUGUUGUCGGGUGACAAAACAUUUGUUAUACUUCCCCUUUUGGAUCGAGUAUCAGUUCGAAACUUUGUGCACUCUGAAGCUGUCGGAAAAAUUGCUGUCAUAGCCGAAGUUGUGAUGUCUUCCGAAGAUGACCUGGAUAAUUUUAAGGUCAUAGCGGAAGGACGGCAGAGGUGUCGCGUGCUUGAAUACUUGGGCACUUAUCAUGGCGAUGGUGUGAAGUCUCUAAGGGUGCAGAUUCUGCCGGACAACAACCUGCAAUAUAACUUGUUCCAAGAUAUUGACAGGCACCUUUCUUUGCAAUACCUUACCCUUUCGAACUCUAAACACAUACACAGUCCAUACUCCAUUUCUCCAAAAUAUCACCCAUGGAUUAUUGAAGCGAAUAAUGUCUACGCUUUGAUGGCUCAAAUUAGAAACAUUUUGUGCUCGUUAUUUAAAAAUGAAAGUGGUAUGGCGAAGUUGGUUUACGAUGAUCCGAGUGACUUCUCGUUUCUUGUUGCCAGUUUUCUGCCUCUAUCGAACCGAGUGAAGCACAAACUACUUGAAAGCAGCUGUGCCUUGCAUCGACUGAAAUUAGAACGAGAGUUCCUGAGAAGGUGUGAAUUCCUCUAUUGUUCCCAAUGUGGGGAUAAACUGGCCAGUGUGUCGGAAGUGAUUGUCAUGUCGAAUACAGGGGCACUGGCCAGUUAUGUCAACCCAGGGGGAGUGAUCUACGAGACUUUGACUCUGAAUAAGCUUUCGGUCAGGGUCAAUUGUGUGGGGAGAGAGAGAGAGAGAGAGAGGAAGGCUUAA